AAGUAAAUUCUGCAUUAGUCAAUGACCAUUCGCGCAAUAAAAAACUUAAAGAACUUGAAAGAAUUUUAAAAAUAUAUGGACAUUUCUAUGCUAGUGAAGUCAUUUUUGGAGGUGCUAUCAUCGAAAAUUAUAAUAACAUUAGUAAACAAACCAAGGAUUCUAGUAGCCUCGGCAUCAAGGUUGUUGGAAACUUUGAACUAAUUCACGCUGAAGGUGGAUAUGAAUCCAAUGAUACCACAUCAAAGACAGUAGAUAUAACGAAAGAAAUGUUAGCGAUAAUUGGUGGGGACGAAGUUCAUUUUGUCAAGAAUGAUCCAGAGGCAAUUAAAAAAUGGAGGAAUUCGUUUAAUAAUUCCAAGAAUUGGCGAAUAAUCUCCUACAAGAUACGUCCAAUAUUUGAUUUACUUGAUAAUGAACUAAAAAACAAGGUACUUGAAGCUCUUGGAGAACAAAUUCUUAAAGUUGGAACAAUAACUCAUCAUGCAGAACUCGAAUGUUCAAACUUGAGUCCAAUUGUAAUCGAUAGUUGGAGUAAUGGGAUAUUUGAAGAUGUUACCUCGAACCCGCUUCAAUGCCAAAUACUAGCAUCAAUCAUGAAUAAAGACAACCGCAUCUAUUCUUUACGAAUUGAAUAUGUAGAUGAAGAUACUCCAGUAUUCGUUAUUCAUUAUCUUGGAAUAUGUGUAAUUCAAAGUCCUUCGGAAUCUAGUAAUUACGACAUAUACCAGUCAAAGAUUGUUACUGGUAUUCAUUUUUUUUCAGAAAAUUCUUCAGAAAAAUCAGCAUGCAUGUUUGUUCAUGACCUUGAUAAUUGCAAUAUUGUUGAUAAUAUUAUCAAUGAAAUUUCUCCUUCGAAAAUAAUGUGCAGUAUUAUUGACAUCAAGGAUAAUAAACCUUGUAUGCUGGAAGUAGAAUGGAAAAAAUGUGGUCGCCAUAAUCUUUUUUCUGAUAUCUCGAAAAAAUUAAUUGUCUGUAAUGAACACAAAAAAUAUCUCACUUCACUUCUAGAAGAAUGUUUUAGGGAGGAAAGAAUUGACUAUCCACUAUUCAUGAGUAUUUUUAAUAAUUGUAGCCAGCACGGGUUUAUAAAUAUUACUCCAAAAUGCCCAAUUUACUUUAUGUUAAAUCGUACAAAUAAUAGUCCAUCAGAAUUUAAAGGACACAUUUCAAUAUUAUCAACGAGGUACAAGUCAUCUCCUAUAUAA